CAGCAAGCCACGUAUUCUUCACCCUCUGGGAACGGGCAUAGCAGGACAGGGGCAAGAGAUCACUCCGUCCUUCUGCCUCGAUUGCUCAUUCGCGAACCUUUGACCCCAAGGAAGCACCUUGUUCAGACAGGAUAUAUAAUGUUCCGCGCACUCUCAAAAGGAAGCACCGUUGCAGCCGCGCUGGCUCAACGCCAGGUUCUCGCCACACAAACCCGGGUUCAUGCCGCUGCGACCGUAGCCUCAUUCCAUAGCUCAUCUUUCUGGAACAACAACAAUAGCAGCAGCAACAAGACUAGUGGCGACACUGAACUUUCGGACAUCUUUGCCACGAUUCGUUCGAACAGCAGCAACAGCGGCGACAACAUCAACACAGGCAAAACCAGCAAGUUGCUGAACAGCUCUCGCAGCAGCGCCGGAACGACUGGUGCUGCACGCUCAGGGACCUCUUUCUUUGGCCUGGGGGCUCCAAAGGCGAACACGACAUCGAACCCGAUUCAUCUGGACACGAACCAUGCGACGGAGGGACGUUCGUUCAAAGUGAACUCCCCGGCGAUGAUCGAUCAGACAUACAGACGGUUGCGUACGGCCCUGAACCAGUCGAACGUGAAGCGGGAAUUGCGUCUGAGGAGGACUUAUGAGACAGGUCAUGUGCGGAUGAGACGCGAGAAGCAGGAACGGAACAAGAAGUUGUUUGGAGCCAUGGUCAGGAAGAAGAUUGAAUUGAUCAAGUUGAUGAAAAUUCGCGGUAUGUAAAGGGGCGGGCAUAGUGCAAAGCAAUUGCGGACAGGAUAAACAGCGCACUGAAGGGAUAUUAUUGCAGGAGUCAAUAGACUUUUCUUUUUUUUUUAGAAAAGGAAUAAAAAAAAAAAACGGCACAAAAUAUCUUGCAG